AUGGGAACCCCAAGGAGAAGGGUAGGGCAGAAUGCUAGCCCCUAUGGAAUGAGUUCGUCAAAUAUUUUCGGAACGAAUAAUGAGAUUUUUGGAAGUAAUUUUAUGAACACACCAAUGUCAAGUAGGAGAACAAAAAACAGUAAAAGUUACUUGAACAGUAUGUUAAAUGAAUCUAGAUACUUGAAUCAAAGUAAUACAGGUUCGCAGUUUAUGAAAUAUGGACACACACCACUAGCUAUCAGAAGAAUAAAAUGUGCAAGAGCUGAUAUAGGAGAUGUAGGAAGAGAAGCAUUUAUGGAAGAUGUCGAAUCAGGAAGACUUCCUCAUUUUAUUGAUAGUAAUUUAGAACAAAUAAAAGAUUUGUUUAACCAAUUUUUUGAUGAAUUUAACAUUACGAAUUAUAGUGAUGUAUUACAAUUUACGGAUGAAGAUAGGAAUAUAACUGAAUAUAUUUUGUUACAUCGAGAUAAUUUAAAAGUUUACUUAGCAUAUUAUGGAUGGAAAAUGAUCAAAUUUAUAGAAACAGGUAGACAGAAUGAAUGUAAGUUAAACAAUGAGAAUGAGGAAAAUGAUGAUUCUGAAGGAGUUAAGAAUUUAGAACAUAUAAAAUCUUUUGAAGUAGAUUUAACACAUAUAUAUUUUUUUAAUAAAAAAUUGUAUAAAUUAAUAAUUGAAUACCCAUCAGAUUGUAUAAGUGAAAUAGACAAAAUUAUAAGCUCAAAAUAUAACUCGCUUUUGACAUUAGUGUUAGAGGGAGAUACGAAAUCUAGUUCUUCCGAUAAAUAUUCUGUAAACAAUACAAGACAAGAUUAUUGUAGGGUUCGAUUUUUUAAUAAAAGGCAUAAAGAUACCCCUAGAAAAUUAGGACCGAAUCAAAUAGAAACAUUAGUGUGUAUUAAAGGAGUAAUUAUUAGGUGCUCAAAUAUUAUUCCAGAAAUGACAAUGGCUGCUUUUAAAUGUACUUCGAAAAAAAGAAUAGGUGUUAAUAAUUAUGAAAAAUGUAAUGAAGAAGUAUAUGAACAUGUCAUACAAGGAGAAGUACAAGAACCAUUAACUUGUACUAAUUGUAAUAAUAAAAACACAUUUGAAUUAUGGCAUAAUAAUUGUUGUUUUUCUUCAAAACAACUUAUUAAAUUAAGUGAAGUAACUGAACAUUUAAAGCAAGGAGAAACACCACAAUCUAUCUCUAUAUAUGCAUAUGAUGAUUUAAUAGAUUAUACGAAACCUGGAGAUACUGUAGAAUUAACAGGGAUUUUAAAAGCUUCUCCUGUUCGUCUAAACCCUAGAUCUAGAUGUUAUAAUAGUGUUCAUAGAACCUAUAUAAAUGUUAUACAUAUAAGAAAAGAAAAUAAGCAGAAAAUGAAAUUGACAGAACAGAAUGAUACAGGUGCUAUAAUUUUAAAAAGAAGUGAAGAUGGAACAGUGGAGGAAAAUUUAGAAAAAUUAAAUGAACAAGGAAAUCUAUUAUUUACUACAGAAGUAAUUCAAAAAAUGCAAAAAUUAAGUCAAGAUCCAAACAUAUAUCAAAGAUUAGUUGAUUCCAUUGCCCCAUCAAUAUAUGGGCGUGAUGAUAUUAAAAGGGGUCUUUUAUGUCAAUUAUUUGGUGGUAGUAAAAUUACGGAUAAAUAUAAAAAUAAAUAUAGAUCAGAGAUUCAUAUCUUAUUAUGUGGAGAUCCAUCUACAGCCAAAUCGCAGUUACUACAUUAUGUACAUAAACUAUCCCCUCGUGGUAUAUACACAAGUGGUAAAGGAAGUAGUAGCGUUGGCUUAACAGCAUUUAUAUCUAAGGACUCGGAAACAAAAGAAUAUAUCUUAGAAUCUGGAGCUGUUGUUUUAUCAGACAAAGGAAUAUGCUGUAUUGACGAAUUUGACAAAAUGGAUGAUUCUGCAAGAGCUAUUUUACAUGAAGUAAUGGAACAACAAACAGUCACUAUUGCAAAAGCAGGUAUUGUUGCUACCUUAAAUGCUCGUACAUCAAUUUUAGCUUCAGCUAAUCCCAUCAAUAGUAAAUAUGAUAAAAAUAAAGCCGUCGUAGAAAAUAUCAAUUUGCCUCCCUCCCUGUUUUCUAGAUUUGAUUUAAUUUAUCUUGUAAUUGAUAGAGCAAAUGAAGAAGAAGAUAAGAAGUUGGCCACGGUGCUUUGUAAGAAUUUCUCGUACGGUGCAAAAGAGGAAGACGAUGAGGAGGACGAUGAAGAAGGGGAAGAUGAAGAAGAAGGAGAGGACGAAGAUGAGGAUGAUGAACUGAGUAAACUGGGUGAAGGGGAUGGAAUAAAUGAUGAUAGAUCACAAUAUAAAAAGAAAAAGAAUAACAUGAAAGAUGGGAUAGGUGAAUCCAGUUCCUACUGUAACACUAGUUCAAAUAAAAAGAAUUCGAAGAAGUAUCUAAUUGAUUCAAAUACAUUAUCACUAUAUAUAGCUUAUUGUCGUAUUACAUGUAAUCCAAUAAUUUCACUUGAAAGCAAAAAAAUUAUUAUUGACGAAUAUAUAAAGAUGAGGUGUAAAGAAGGGUCAAAAUCUCCAACUGCCAGCCCAAGACAACUAGAGGGUUUAGUUAGACUUAGUCAAAGCUUAGCAAAAAUGAAAUUAAAAAAUGUAGUAACUCCUGAAGAAGCUAAUGAAGCUGUACGUUUAAUGAACAUAGCAACCUUUCAAAGUUUGAUUGAUCCUUUAAGCGGUAGAAUUGAUUUUGAUCAAGUAAAUUUGGGUCAGACAUCCCAGCACAAGAAAAAAUCAGAUCUUAUAAAGGAUAUCAUAAUGAAUGUCCUCGUUUUAAAAAAUAUGACGAAAGAUGAAUUACUUACACACUGUCACGAAACAAUUAUGAACGACCGAGAUUAUGCAACAGCUAUGGACAGAAAAUCUUUCGAAGAAGCUUUUUACGAUCUUGAAAAAUCGCAAGAAAUUACUCGACUCUCUUCUGGCUUAUACAAGAAAAAAUAG